UGAGAUGCCUCACUAGCGCUUCUGACAGUUUUUACUUCGAAGCGAAGUCGAUUCUCUCUUCCUCAUUCAAACAUCGUGUUUGUUGUCGCUCGUUAAAAUACGCAAUUCCAGAUCUUUGGAGAUAUCGGAAUAUUUUAUUCGCUUCAACUUAUUCGGAAUGAAUGUUUAGAACGACGCCGAAAGUUAAUUUUAUGGUGAUUUUGUGAUUAUUUUUUUAUUUAUUUAAUCAGUGUAGUGGAUUUUUAUGGAUGAAAUGACGUCCAGUGUCAAACAGACCGUUAUAAAAAAUCCAACAUGGUGGAAAAGACGGACAAGUAUGGAAAGGUGUCUAACCUUAUCAACGAGCAUUGCCUUUCUUGUUGGAAUUUCAUUAGUCAUAGCACUUGCCACGGUAUUAGUUAGUCGAAAUCGAGAAAUUACAAAUAGACCAUAUACAGCAGAACCUUUACAAGGUAAAAUUAUCACCAUCACCUCACCGGAUCAAGUAGAGGAAAAAGUAUGCUUAACUCCGGGUUGUAUCCAUACUGCGUCUAGAGUUUUGGAAUAUAUGGACGAGAGCGUCGAUCCGUGUGAUGAUUUCUACCAAUUUACUUGCGGAAAUUUUAUAAAAAAAACUAUUAUUCCUGAUGAUAAGUCAUCAGUUACUUCCUUCACUAUAAUAGGAGACGAACUUCAAGAGCAACUAAGAACUAUGAUUGAAGAACCUAUUUCAGAGGACGAACCUAAGCCGUUCAAGCUAACUAAACGAUUAUAUCAAGCGUGUAUGAAUAAAACAUUGAUUGAACAAGAAGGAAUGACGAGGAUAAAUCAAGUUUUGAAAGAAUUGGGAGGCUGGCCCGUCUUAGAAGGUAUUUCAUGGAAUGAAAAUAAUUUUGAUUGGAAAGAAUCGGUGUACAGGUUCCGCAGAAUCGGUUAUGGAGUAGAUUAUUUUAUUGAUUUCUCUGUAGUUGGAGACGUUAAAAAUUCUACCAGACGAAUUAUUGAUUUAGACCAAGCUUCUCUCGGAUUAAGACGGGAAUUUCUAAUCAAAGGAUUAGACGAAAAAAUUGUUAAAGCAUACUACGAUUAUAUGGUCGACUUGGCGGUACUUUUUGGUGCCGAAAGAGAAAGGGCCGCUAAAGAAUUAAAAGCGUCUUUAGAUUUUGAAAUACAAUUAGCGAAGAUUUCUUUGCCAAGCGAAAAACGUCGUAAUAUGACAGCUCUGUACAAUCCAAUGACAAUUCAACAGCUUCAAAAAAAAUUUAAUAGCAUACCUUGGGUAGAAUAUAUAAAUAACCUUUUAAGUCCUGAUACUAAAGUAGAUUCCAGUGAAAUUGUUGUUGUGAAUGUUCCAUCGUAUUUGAAAGCAUUCGAAACGUUGAUCAGCAAAACACCCAAACGCGUACAAGCAAAUUAUGUCAUGUGGAGAGCUGCUUCUAAUUCGGUAUCGUAUUUAACAGAUAGACUGAGGAAACGGCAGUUAGAAUAUACUUCAGUUAUUACGGGUAAAACGGAAAGAGAACCUAGGUGGAAGGAGUGUAUUGAUAUUGCAGCUGGAAGUUUGUCAAUUGCGUCAGGUGCACUUUACGUUAGAAAAUAUUUCAACGAAGAAGCUAGACAAAAUGCAUUAGAAAUGGUUAAAGAUAUUAGAACGGAAUUUGAACAUAUAUUGAAGGUAGUCGAUUGGAUGGACGAAGAAACACGAACCAAUGCGUUGGAGAAAGCGAAAUCUAUGACAACACAUAUCGCUUACCCGGACGAACUACUAGACGACGAAAAAUUGAAAGAAUUUUAUGAUGGCUUAGAAAUCGACUCAAAACAUUAUUUUGGUUCAGUAUUGAACCUCACUCUUUUUGGUACCAGAUUUUCGUUUAAAAGAUUGAGACAACCCGUAAACAAAACCGAUUGGAUUACUCAUGGUAGACCUGCUGUUGUUAACGCUUUUUAUUCGUCCAUAGAAAAUAGUAUUCAAUUCCCAGCUGGUAUACUCCAAGGUGUCUUUUUCAAUUCGGAACGUCCGAGGUACAUGAAUUACGGCGCCAUAGGCUUCGUUAUCGGUCAUGAAAUAACGCACGGUUUCGACGAUCAAGGCAGACAGUUCGACAAAAACGGUAAUUUGGUCGAUUGGUGGCAAGAAACUACCAAAGAACGUUUCGAUGAAAAAGCCCAGUGUAUCAUAGAUCAGUACGCUAAUUACACCGUUCCAGAGCUCAAUCUUCAGUUGAAUGGCAUUAACACGCAAGGCGAAAACAUAGCUGAUAAUGGUGGCAUCAAAGAAGCAUAUUUAGCUUACAACACCUGGGUAUCACGUAACGGGGAAGAGCAUUUUUUGCCUGGUCUCAAAUAUACAGGUAGACAAAUGCUCUGGAUAUCGGCAGCUAGUAUUUGGUGUUCGCGAACCAGAAAAGAAGAAUUAGAACAAUUAAUUAUUACAGAUGAACACGUACCUGAUAAAUUCAGAGUAAAUGGACCUCUAGCUAAUAUGGAAUAUUUUGCUAAAGAUUUUAAUUGUCCUUUAGGAUCUCCUAUGAAUCCUUUAAACAAAUGUCAAGUGUGGUAGCUUUUUUAUCGAUGUCCUUUAUUAGGAUGUUGAUUUGUAUUUAAGUUUUUUUAAGUCUAUUUGCUCUGUAUUUUGGCAACAACGCACAACCGUCUAUGUAAAUCCUUAAUAUUUUUGUAGAAUCACCUGUUGGAACAUUAUUAUAAAUAAAAUGUUAUUAUUCAUUGUUAAUCGGUAAGGGAGGGAGCAUCGUGUUUUUUUUUGAUUGAUAACAAAAUAUUAGAUUUCAAUCCACAUUCUUUUUAACUGUUGCAUAACAAAUAUCAAUUACUACAGUACUUAGAGGAGAGUGAUUCAACGAGAAACUUUAAUAAAGGGCCGUCCAUAAAUCUCGUGAUGGAUUUUGAGGCAUUUUUGAGCCCCCUACCCCCUCACGUGAUUGAGCAGGAUGAAAUAUUGAAUUUAUUUUAAUUUCUUAUUGAUCAUCUUCAACCUGUUGGACAAUAGUAGUUAUACGGCAAUUUUUCGAUAUUUUGCCAACAUUCCAUGUGAAGGCUAUUCAUUAAUAAAAAUUCUGCAAACGAUUUACCAUCGUGUUCUUGCUGGUUUGGUACUUUUAAACCUUCUUUGCUCUGAUCAAUUGGUAUGGGCGCCCGUAAAAAACUACAUUUAACCAAGAACUUCGCAUCUUAGAACAGCUAUCAACUACACACACUGCUUGAUGACAACUUGUACAUGAAAGAGUUGAACAUCGAUAGCCAGUGCACUAGACGUGCAAGUUUGAGCAUGUACGGAACUCGACUCGCAGUGGGCAGUCUUACCGUUUCUUGGUUUUCGUAUGCGGACGCUUUUCUGGAAAAACUCCGAAGCACGAAUUCGUGGUAUAAUAUGUUUACUCAUAUUCAACUCAUUUCAAACAUACGAGAUAUUUUUCUGAAACAGUUGGCUUUCACGACCUUCAAUUAUAUUCUAUUAUAAUGUUGUUUCUAUCGUUAAACUUAUUAUGUAAAAUUAUUUUAAAAAAUAUAUAUUAGCAAGUAAUGCAGUAAAAUUUUCAAUAUUUAUUUUUUAUUAGACAGAAAUCUGAUUCUGCAACGCUUUGAAAUUCUUCUAUUCGAAUAAAAAUAUUGAAAAUAUAAUAAUAUGAUGAGAUUAGUUUGCUAAUCACCCCGUCUCUCAUGUGAUCGACCAGGAUGUUUGUAUGCAAUCCCCUCCCUCACAGCCAUCAUGACAUUUAUGGACGGCCCCUAAGUUAUGUCAAUAAUUUCACUUCAUUUACUUGAAGAGUAAAUUCCAUAUCAGUGAAUAUUAUUCUACCUCAUAGAGCUCAACAAAUAUUUCCGCAGUAAGUGGCAAAAUGUCUUAGUGUGUGGACCACAAUAAAGCAGCAAUUAUUGUACUUACAAAUUUUCAAAGUUUACUUCAAAUUAUUUAUUCUGCCUUCUUGUUUUCAAUUGAGAGUUUGAGAGGAUGAAAACUGUAUAUAUGUUUAGAUGAUAAAAUUGGUUAAACCUAUCUUUUCAUCAGCCCUUUGAAAUCUCAUUAUUGGUUCGUUCAUGCUUUCGUCAAAGCUGGGUUUUUCCCACAACUCUUAGUUUUAGUUGCUUCUCGGUUAUAUAAAGUAAAACAUUUUCCGCGGUUUCUCUUAUCCACGUUUUCAGCAUCCGCUUCUAGAAAAAUUCUUAAUUUGAGGCGGUUUUACAAAUUUACCGCCACUACUGACCUCUGAAAUUUGAAAUCUCAGGUCUCAAUUAGAGGCAAUGUAGAGACGUUAAAGUAUUUAGUAUAAUAUACUGCAUAUAUAUUUUGAAUUUUUAUUCAAUAACUCUAAUUCUGAGAACAUUUCAAAACUGUUCUUGUCAACAAUAAUUUUUUUUAAUUUGGAAAUCGAAAUUAAAACAAAAUUUGCCCUAAGCUAGAUCCUGCCCGGCCCGAUGCUGAAUCCACCACUGAUUACAACGAUAGGUUUGUUUCAACAUGCUAAUCGGGACCGUACUUGGAACGGUUAUCGGAACCGUUUAUAGAUAUUUUCUGCGCAAUCUCCGGCUAUUUGUAACAGUACUUGCUAUCAACCAAGUAUAGAAAACGGAUUCACAAACAAUACCCAAGUCGGUUGGAACGUAAUCUCUAUUGCGCAGAAUCGUCACCGUACCAUGAACGGUUUUUUGAUGGAUUGGAACGAUCCUAAUUGGUUUGUUUCAACCUGCUAAUCGAGUCCGUUCUUGGAACAGUUAUUGGAAGCUUUUAAAUUAUAUUUUCUGCGCAAUCUCUGGCUAUGCACGAUUAUUGUAACAGUACUUGCUAUCAACCAAGUAAAACGGUAACCGCCCGGUUGGUACACGUAAUCUCUAUUGCGCAGAAUCGUCACCGUACCAAGGACGAUUUUUUGAUGGGUUGGAACGAACCUAAUAUCUCGAUUUAAAGUAGCAGCUUUCUUCUCAUUAUUUGUAUGAUUACAAACUGAAAAUAACUGAUGAGUUCAUCAGUCACGGUGCUAGUAAUGAAUGUUUACAAACCCUUCCACUCGGUUCAGUGAGAAGAAGCUAUCACACAUCUGCGUGACAAACACAAUCAGCUUCUUAAAAACCAGUAGCUACGGUAUCAAAUAGUUUUCGACCGAAAAUAUUUACGAAACCAGCGCUGGUUGCUAGUUAAUAGUAUAAACAGAGAUUUUAAAAAAUAGUUACAUUAAGUAAUUUACUAUAAAAAAACAUUUCAUUAUAGUAAAACCAUUGUUUGUUAUAGGUAUUCACAUACCUUUUUGGAUGUUAUUGUCCAUUUUUGUACUCAAACUUUUCUGCUAUUAGUCGGUACGUUUUAGUAACUACAUAGCAGGGUUUAUACAUUUUUAAUGAUUUCUCUUUUAAAGGAUCUAAUUUAUUAGAAAACCCUAUAAAAAUAUUGGUAAUUAAUUAUUAUAUACUACAUACAGUAGUACUGCAAAAAAAAAAGAGGUAUAAUUUCAAAUAAGCAAUUUCAAUUAGAAUGUAUACCUUUAUAAUGUGAAAUUUUGAGCAAGGUGAUAUAUUAUGACGUAAAUUAAUUAGAAAACAGACUGAGACGUCUAAAGAAAGGUACUUUUUGUGUCACUAAUUACUUAUUUCUAAAAGUUAAACGAAGUAAUGGUUAGUCAAAUUUGCUCUUUCCAUCAGUAAUUUAAUCACUUAUAAAUAAUUAUUUAUCAUGUUACUCUCAGUCCUUGGUAUACAAAUAGCUAUUUCAUUAUCUCCACAUACUUUUCAGAAUGUCUGACUAAAGCUUCUUUGCCACUAUAAAGAUAUAAUGCCUCGUUAGAUUCAAAAUGUUCGUACACCGGACGGAGCCAGAUCAGAGCUAUGUAGUGGAUAUACAUCUAGACGGAUUAUUCUGCGUUUGUUUUCGAUAAUUUUUGCCUCUCUAUGAAAUCUCUUUCGGAUGCCAAAUCAUAAUAAUAAAGCACUUUCUUUCUUGGUCCUCACGGUAAAGUUAUAAAAAUCGCGCAGAGCAAUCUACUUCACGCUGCUUUUCCACUGUGCUGAGAAUUCGAGCACUACUUUUUGUCAUAUUUAAAGGCUCUAUAGGUUCUAUAGAACACUUGUUUUGGAAAUCCUGGUUUAUACUGCAAUUACUUUUAUUUAAGCGCCAAUCGAUUCGAAAAAUUUCUUCCUUUAAUGAUUGUGGUCCCCAACAAAACAACUUGUAGACCAAGAGCCAGUGACCAAUUUCAGGUGGUCAUUUCAAAAAUCACGAAAUUUUCUACACACGAUUAUUGUCUUUACACGAGUAUCUUAUCAAUCUUUAACAAAAAAAAUUUUUUCAAUACUUCAUUAUAAAAUAUUUAUUCUAAUAGUAAGAUCGAAGCACGAGUAAAACUGAACUGCACUCCAAAAAUGUUCGUAAACGACUACUGAGGUGUUGAAUUGCAAGCAAGAUCCAAACCGUUGGAGGAUUCCUACUUUUCAUUCAUACCUGUGCUAGGACCUUCGAAAUGUAGAAUAUUACGCGUUUUAAUAUGUUCCCGUAGUAUCCUUGACAAAGACCUAGAGAAUAUCUGCGUCAACGGUACAGAAAAAUCUUUCAAAAGUCAAGUUUCAACAAGAUUUACUGUAGAAAGUUUCGUGAGUUUUGAAAUGACCACCUAAAACUUGUCACUGGCUCUAGUAAACCAAUUUUUAACUUUUGAAAGAAAAUGAUGAACACGAGUCACCGUAAACCGCCUCCAUUCUGUUUUUUAUUUAUGUUGAUGUUAAUCCUUGUUCAAUCACAAAUUUCAUACCAGCACGAAACUCAAUUUGUGAAUUUUGAUAAAAUUUAUCGACGCAGCAAUAUGAAAGUUUGUAUAAAGCUUGUUGAGACUUAAAUAUCUUUGCGAACGCUCUCUAUUUACUAUUCGAGGCCAAGAACUCAUGGACCGCGCUUCGUUUAUUAUAGUAAAAAAAGACAAAUCGGCUAUUUUACAGAUUUAGAUCUCUAGAUGGAUCUUCCGCAUAAAUAGAAAUCUAGUUAAAAAGCUAACGCAAUACAAAAUUUAACAUUGGUGGUGCAUUGGUGAUUGUGGUUCUGAUCUAUAUAUAAAUUAUUGAUUCCAUAAUCAUCCUGUGUAAUAUUUUAUGUACAAUACUUUGGUCAACCUAUUUUUGUAAUUGAAAAUAUACAUUAGAAGUCUUCUCGCCUCAAUUAUGAAUAUUAACAUGUUCCAAUUUAAUUAUAAUUGAUUAAAUAAUUAUCAUAUCAUUGUUAAAAACCGGUUUGUUUAAAGAAAGAAUUUAAAAACAUCCUCUAUAACUUACCAAUAGUUUCUAUAUAAUUUAAUCGGUUUUGUGUUACUACCGCUGUCAGGAUGAGGUGUCCUUGUGUUUUGUUUUAUCGUUGUUAUUGAAACCACAUCACCAAUGAAAUCAUAAAAUUUUUUUACUGGCAUAUGGCGACCCAUCAAAACUAUCAAGAGAUAUAACUUCCAUUAUGAAUUACCUUUCUUUUGAUGGAACAGUUAGUUUACUGAAUUAAUUUAUGGCAUAAAUCGCUAUUUAGAAUUACAAAAUGUAAUUGUAAUGCUACGUUUACACGCUUGACGAAGCUUGGCAAAUGUACACAAACCCCAAGUCUUCAUAAACGUUUGGAUAGCGAUAGCGUUAGUGUGUCUAGGACAAGCAACGUUGAAGUAGUGUUAGCUAAUACGUUUGGUUCGACACAUUUAACAACAAAGGAAACGAAAAUGUCGACAGUGAAGAUGGUGGAUGUUAAAAAGUCAGGCAAGAGCUCGUAAGCGACAAUAAAAACGAACCAACUUGUAAAUAAUUCGUGAGUGAGUGCUACAAGCUUUUUUUGAUCUGUGUUUUAAAACCGUUACUAGCUUAAAUCGGCAGUAAGCUCAUGUAAGCUAAGCCGAACACCCCGUUUACUUGCUUGUGUUCGUGGACACUUGCCAAGGCUUGCCAAGAAUUUAAAAGUAACAUAAUUGAUUUAUGAAAUUCAUGUAAAACACUUUUUUAUAGUAAAUCUAAUUUAAAACUGA